UUCCAUUAAUGAGAUGGACGAGUACUUCAGUCCCAUCCACACGUACCAGGUCUGUAACGUGAUGAGUCCGAGCCAGAACAACUGGCUGAGGACGGUCUGGAUCCCCCGGGAGGGAGCCAGGAGGAUCUACAUUGAGGUCAAGUUCACUCUGAGAGACUGCAACAGCAUGCCUGGAGUCCUGGGCACCUGCAAGGAAACCUUCAACAUGUACUACUACGAGUCGGACAGGGCGGUGGGCUCGGCCAUACGGGAGAACCAGUUCGUAAAGAUCGACACCAUCGCUGCUGAUGAGAGCUUCACAGGCGUGGACCUGGGAGUCCGUAGGCUAAAACUCAACACUGAGGUGCGAGGGGUGGGCCCACUGAACAGACGAGGCUUCUACCUGGCCUUCCAGGACAUCGGCGCCUGUAUCGCCCUCACCUCGGUGCGGGUGUACUACAAGCGCUGCGUGGGUGUGAGCCGCAACCUUGCCGUGUUCACCGACGUGGUGACGGGUGCCGACUCGUCCUCCCUGGUGGAGGUCAGGGGUCAGUGUGUGGACCAUGCAGAGGAGAGGGACACCCCCAAGAUGUACUGCAGCGCUGAAGGGGAAUGGCUGGUGCCCAUCGGGAGGUGUGUGUGCUCCGCUGGAUUCGAAGAGCAUAGAGACUCGUGUGUGGCCUGUGAGGUGGGUUUCUAUAAGCCGGUGGCAGGCGAUGGCCUGUGUGGUAAAUGUCCCCAGCACAGCCACUCAGAGACCAGGGCCGCGCUGUCCUGCCCCUGCGACUCCAAUUACUACCGAGCCGCAGAUGACCCACCUGCAGCGCCAUGCUCCCGCCCUCCAUCUGCUCCAGUAAGCGUCAUUUCCUCAGUCAAUGGGACAUCUGUGAACUUAGAAUGGGAUCGCCCUCUUGAUACCGGAGGUCGCAGUGACCUGCAGUAUAGCGUGUUGUGUAAGAAAUGCACUGGGGAAGGAGGGCCCUGCGAGGACUGCACAUCCUCUCCAGGCGGCACGGGUGGAGGGAAAGCAGGCGGAGGAGCGAGUAUUGGGGCAGGGGGGGGAGCUAUGGUAGAGCGUUCGGGCACUGCAGUGGUUCGAUUCGUCCCCCGGCAGAGUGGGUUGACGGAGCCGUGGGUGACAGUGCUCAACAUGGCGGCCCACACCAACUACUCCUUCCGCAUCCUGGCCAUGAAUGCAGUGACCCACCUGAGCAACGAGCCAUCACUGUAUGCCCUGGUCAACAUCACAACAAACCAGGCAGCCCCCUCUGAAGUAUUAGCCAUCCGCCAGGAGAACACCAGUCAGAACAGCGUGAUUCUGCUGUGGCAUGAGCCCGACCAGCCCAAUGGAGUAAUCCUGGAGUACGACAUCAAAUAUUAUGAGAAGGAUAAUGAAGAGCAGAGCUACUCCACACUGAAGUCUAGAAAUACCAGCUCCCGAGUGUCAGGGCUGAAGCCGGGCACCAAAUACAUCUUCCAGGUCCGAGCUAGAACGUCAGCAGGCUGCGGACGUUUCAGCCAGAAUGUGGAGAUUCAGACGGGGAAAGCAGCUCCUCUGCGCCACAACACCAUGACCAUCGUAUGGAUCUGCAUGGCCCUGGUGUCCAGCCUGGUGACGUUUCUGGCCAUCAUCAUCUGCAGGAAACGGCAAGGCUACACUUUACCACACUACCCAUCGCUGCUACACUGUGGCUACAGUAAAGCCUUCCAGGACUCUGAUGAGGAGAAGAUGCAUUACCAGAACGGCCACGUGUCAUUCCCAGACGCGAGGUUCUAUAUCGACCCACACACAUACGAGGACCCCUGCCAGGCGGUCCACGAGUUUGCCCGAGAAAUUGAAGCUUCCAGGAUCAAAAUAGAGAAAAUCAUUGGUUCAGGGGAAUUCGGGGAGGUGUGUUACGGUCGUAUGAGGCUCCCGGGGAAAAGAGACAUCCCAGUGGCCCUGAAGACCCUGAAGGCAGGAUACACAGACAAGCAGAAGAGAGACUUCCUGGCCGAGGCGUCUAUCAUGGCCCAGUUCGACCACCCCAACGUCAUCCGCCUGGAGGGAGUAGUAACUCAGAGCAAACCGGUGAUGAUCAUCACAGAGUACAUGGAGAAUGGCUCUCUGGACUCCUUCCUCAGGAGACACGAUGGCCAGUUCACCAUCAUCCAGCUGGUGGGGUUGCUGCGCGGCAUCGCGGCUGGUAUGACCUACCUGUCUGACCUGGGCUACAUCCACAGAGACCUGGCUGCCCGAAACAUCCUGGUCAACAGCAACCUUGUGUGUAAGGUGUCUGACUUCGGCCUAUCCCGAGUACUGGAGGACGACCCUGACGCUGCAUACACCACCAGUGGCGGAAAGAUCCCGAUCCGCUGGACAGCGCCGGAGGCCAUCACCUACAGGAAGUUCUCCUCCUCCAGUGACGUCUGGAGCUACGGCGUGGUCAUGUGGGAGGUGACGUCUUACGGGGAGCGACCUUACUGGAACCUCACCAACAGAGACGUGAUCAAAUCUGUGGAGGAGGGCUACAGGCUGCCUGCUCCCAUGGGCUGCCCUGCUGCUCUGCACACACUCAUGCUGGACUGCUGGCAGAAGGAACGCAACGAGAGGCCGCGCUUUUGCCAGAUAGUCACCAUUCUCGACAAGCUAAUCCGCAACCCGGAGAACCUGAAGUCCAUGGACAUGCUCUGCAGUUUAAGCAGUCCUCCGCUGAUGGAGAGAGCUAUUCCUGACUUCAGUAGCUGUAACUCAGUAGACGAGUGGCUGGACACCAUAAAGAUGGGCCGCUACAAGGAGCGCUUUGCAACAGGGGGGUACCACACUCUGGGACACGUCAUAAGCUUGAACCAAGGAGACAUCCAGAGGCUCGGGGUGACGCUGAUGGGCCACCAGAAGAAGAUCAUGACAAGUGUCCAGCUGAUGAGGGUGCAGGUCCUCAACAAGAGUGUGCCUUCGGUGCACGUAUAACUGCCACCUCUGCGGUUUUCUUCCUGCUGAAGUCUACAAACCCAGGCUUCUAUAAGGUCCAGAGGGACUCCAUGGGGAACCAGAUGAAAGAUAGAUAAAAGGGAGAGGAAGAUGUUUGGGAACUUUACAGACUUUUUUUUCCUCGAGAGACUGAAGAACGAAACUUGAAAAGGAUUUUAACCAUGGAGCAAGUAAACAUGACUUCUUAAGGACAUUUCCGACCUUUUCAUUUUUUUUUUCUUAUCCGAUCACAUUUUCUGAGUUUAUUGUCUUAUUUGUAAAUGGAAAGUCUGCCUUAAUUACCACAUUUUUUCAUUUUGUUGCCUACAAAGAGAAGAUAAUUUAUCAAUCAUGAAUUUACGAGAGUCAAAUGAUUUACCGAACCGGGCAAUAGCAAGAGUAAAUGGC